UCAUGUGAUGGUAAGGUAGUGUUCGCCAGGCCUUAUCCUUUGGGUUCUCUUACAGAGAAGUAGCGAUGGCGUCUCUGGUGGUGGGUUCAGCAGCUCCUCCACUGUCCUCUCAAUUCCUCAAGCCCUCUUCUUCUCGUCUGUCGUUCUCUCGUUCUGAAACCCUAACUUUCUCUCCCUUCUCUCCGAUUCCUUCCCUCUCUGCCUCUCCCAUGUCUUCUCUUUCACCCGUUCCCUCUGUGUAUUGUGGUAGAGGCGACAAGAAAACCGCAAAGGGCAAGCGCUUCAAUCACUCCUUCGGAAAUGAAAAAGACCAACAAAUGAGGAAUUUGAGGGUGGGGUUGGAAUUCAUCGGUACGUGGCAAUGACUUUACCUAAUCAUGCCAUAGAGAUAGCUGAUCCUUCCCUGCUACCUGAAGAAGAAGGUGAGGAUAGAGAUAUAUAGGCGGUGGAGAGAGCAAUGAGAGAAAAUCGAAGGAGGAGGGUAAUGGAGGAUUGCUUGAGUUCAUUGAUGUAAGUGGGAGUGUCUUGCUCUCCAAAUCUACCAUCGCAAAGGCUGCGGACUAUAACCGAGGUUGUUAACAAACUCCAAGCAAUUAAGAAAUUGUACAUAUCCAAAUAGGUAUUAACUAUUAAGAGAAAUUAAUUAAAUUAUUAAUAUUAAUAUUCAGUAUCCACUCUUUA